UCUAAAACUUUCAUUCCUUAUCCCUACUAUUUUCAUCAUUUUAACAAUUAAUUUUAAGUUUAUUACAAAACAUUUCUACUUGUCUAGAUUCUCUCUUCCGCAAAUUUCUUCAGCGCGUCCAAAACUUCCCCCAAAACUAAUUUUCUCUCUCCUCCUCCAUUGCUCUGCUGCUCCACCACCGUGGUGACCUUCUCCAACACUCAAACUCUAGGGUUUUGAUUCUCGGAAGAGAGAUGUCUACUAUGGAGAGUUUGAUUGGACUUGUCAACAGAAUUCAAAGAGCUUGUACUGUUCUAGGCGACCAUGGCGGUGGUGACUCGUCUUUCUCUUCUCUUUGGGAAGCUCUUCCUACCGUCGCUGUUGUCGGUGGUCAGAGUUCAGGAAAAUCUUCUGUUCUUGAGAGUAUUGUUGGACGUGAUUUCCUUCCCAGAGGAUCUGGAAUUGUGACGAGGCGGCCGUUGGUGUUGCAAUUGCACAAAACAGAUGAAGGAGAGCAAGAAUAUGGCGAAUUUCUGCACUUGCCAAAGCGUCGGUUCAGUGAUUUUGCCCUUGUUCGCAAGGAGAUUCAAGAUGAGACUGAUCGAGUUACGGGAAAGUCGAAAAUGAUAUCGCCUGUUCCAAUUCACCUCAGCAUAUAUUCGCCUCAUGUUGUCAACUUGACCCUCGUCGAUUUGCCGGGUUUGACAAAAGUUGCUGUAGAGGGACAGCCUGAGAGUAUUGUCAAAGACAUUGAAGAUAUGAUCCGUACAUACGUUGAUAAGCCCAACUGCAUCAUUCUGGCAAUAUCUCCAGCAAAUCAAGAUAUAGCAACAUCAGAUGCCAUGAAACUUGCCAAAGAAGUGGACCCCAGUGGUGAUCGAACCUUCGGUGUUCUAACAAAGUUGGAUUUAAUGGAUAAAGGGACAAAUGCCUUGGAUGUUCUUGAAGGAAGAUCUUAUCGACUUCAACAUCCCUGGGUGGGAAUAGUGAAUCGCUCACAGGCAGAAAUCAAUAGAAAUGUAGAUAUGAUGGCUGCUAGGCACAAGGAGCGUGAGUACUUUGCAACCAGUCCGGACUACUCACAUUUAGUUAGUAGAAUGGGAUCAGAAUAUCUUGCAAAAAUCCUUUCAAUGCAUUUGGAGGCAGUAAUUAGGGCCCGUAUCCCGAGUAUUAUUGCUUUAAUAAACAAAAACAUCGAUGAACUAGAAGCAGAGUUGGACCGGCUAGGUAGACCUAUUGGUGUUGAUGCAGGGGCCCAGUUAUACACAAUCUUGGAACUCUGCCGUGCGUUUGAUAAAAUAUUCAAGGAGCAUCUGGAUGGAGGGCGUCCUGGUGGUGAUCGAAUAUAUGGUGUUUUUGACAAUCAGCUACCUGCUGCUUUGAAAAAGCUUCCAUUUGAUCGGUAUCUCUCUCUACCAAAUGUUAAGAAGGUGGUCUCCGAGGCUGAUGGCUACCAGCCUCAUCUCAUAGCCCCCGAGCAAGGUUACCGCCGUCUUAUUGAUGGUGGUUUAAAUUAUUUCAGAGGCCCUGCCGAAGCUUCUGUAGACGCUGUCCACUUUGUAUUAAAGGAACUAGUGAGGAAGUCAAUUGCAGAAACUCAGGAACUUAAGCGCUUUCCAUCCUUACAAGCUGAACUAGCUGCAGCUUGUUUUGCUUCCUUAGAGAGGUUCCGUGAUGAAAGCAGGAAGACGGUUAUCAGGUUAGUGGACAUGGAAUCUGCAUACCUGACUGUGGAUUUCUUCCGCAAACUUCCUCAGGAUGUGGAGAAAGGGGCAAAUCCAGCUGUCCCAAAUGUGGAUCGAUACAAUGAGGGACACUUCAGAAGAAUUGCAUCAAACGUCUCGUCAUAUAUAAAUAUGAUAUCAGACACACUUAAGAACACCAUCCCUAAGGCAACUGUUCAUUGUCAAGUCAGGGAAGCUAAACACUCAUUGCUGAAUCUCUUCUACACCCAAGUUGGAAAGAGAGAGGCUAAACAGCUUGGACAGAUGCUUGAUGAAGACCCAACAUUGAUGGAGAGAAGACUAAAAUGUGCUAAGAGGCUUGAAUUAUACAAAGCAGCGAGGGAUGAGAUCGAGUCUGUUUCAUGGGCCCGAUGAUACUUUGGAGUGUUGUUGUUUUUUUUUGUAUGUAUGUAUUUAUUAUAGGUGUACUGCUAACUGUAGUAUUUGCUACUGUAUUUAUUUGUUGGUUUGAGCAUUUUUCAUAUAUGCUUCACUGGAGCAGGGUAUUGGAUCUGUGUUCUUA